CAACUAUUUUGUGGACGUCUUCAUGCAAAACCUCUCUACGCCCUUGAAAACUAGGCAAACGAACGCGAAAGACGAGCUACAUAUGGCGAUACGAGAGCCUCACCUCCACAACACGCAAGGUGCUCUCGCACCCCAAGCGCCUCCACACCAAAGUCAUUAUUCAAUUUUGCACCAACCACCGAAACUCAACCAUGAUGACCACUUUAAAGACCUCGUCCGCAACUUUACUUCUCGUCGCCACGGCUUUUAUCGGCAUCUCUGGAGCUGCAAACCUGCGUCAGAUGCAGCGAAACUUGGGAGCUACGUACUCGCAGUCGAGUGACUUCCACGCUGAAAUGCUUGCACGCGUUAAUAAGGAACGUGCAGCUGAAGGUCUCCCACCCGUCUGCGGUAACAAGAAGCUGCUGUCGUCCUCCCAGCGUCACAGCGACGAUAUGGCCCAGAACAACUACAUGGCUCACGACGGAACGGAUGGCUCCACAAUGUCCCAACGUAUCACCGAUGCGGGAUACAAGUGGAGCGCCGUCGGUGAGAACGUUGCUGCCGGGCAGGAAGAUGUCCAGGCCGUCAUGGACGCAUGGAUGCACUCACCUGAGCACCGUGAGAACAUCAUGGGCGAGUACACGAUGCUUGGUGUUUCGUACGCCUACAACGACAACAGCGAGUACCGUCACUACUGGACCCAGGACUUCGGCAAAGGAGACACCGAAUCCUGCGAUUCAGACUCGGAAAACCAGGAGCAGGGCCUCAGUCAAGAGCAAGAGCAAAACCCCGACCAGCAGCAGGUUGCCCAGAAUGAGGACAAUGUUCAGGGGGAGGCGGACAACGGCACACCGGUUCCCAAGACUUCCGUUUACGUGACCGAGGCUCCAAAAGAGGAAUCUCCUUGCCCUGAGGAGCAGCCUGGUAAGGUCCAAGGUGCGACCGGCACGAAGACUGAUGUACCCGUGUAG